AUGGCUGAUGCGAAUUCUCUGUUUAACGAUUUUGCCCGGGCAAACGAUGAACAGAAUGGGCCACUGCUAGCUACAACCAUCGACCCAGCGCCACCAGCACAUGAUCCAGCUCGUCUCUACAAUUUUCGAAAAUCAAUCAGUCAGUACAGUGUGCGUGCAGAUCUUCAAUACCGCCUGCAGUACAGUCCUUCCCUCCAAUUGGAAAAGAAAGAAGCUGCUGCCUGGCUUGAAGUGCUGGUGGCGUACUACAAAUUUGUAGUCACGCUUCUAAGCACUCAGGAAACUCAAAACGUUGGCCGGCCCAGCGAUGCGGACUGGAGUAAAGUGUAUGAAGCAUGGAAAGACGUCGUGAACGCCCUCUACCGAGGCUACCAGGGCAAUGUCUUCGCUGCAUGGACGAUCCCAUGUUUGUAUGCGGCAGGACGCUAUCUUCGCAUCUUUGCAAUCAAGGCCGAUCAAGAGAUCGCCGUGCAACGAGAGUCUGGUCUUACUUAUGGCGGGAUCCAAGAGGACGAUGCGUUUGAUCCGAGUAGCAAGCACGAUAAGCUCGAGGACGCUGCUCGCCAGAUCAACCGCAUUUUCGGAUUAUGCAUCGGUGACCGUAAUCCCAUUGAAGAUUCUCGAAAAUGGGCUCUCUACUACGUCGCUACCUUGCUCUUCAAAACCCAUUUCAAGCUCAACCACAUUUCGCUUUCUAAAAACAUCUUGCGUUCCUUACGAGCCUCCAACGAGGACAUGCCCCCUUUGACGGCCUUCCCAGCAAGCCAUCAAGUCACAUUCCUGUAUUAUUGCGGCGUGAUCCACUUUCUCGAGGAGGACUAUGCGACUGCAGAAGAACACCUUCUGGCAGCUUACAACAAGUGCCACGUUGGCGCCACCAAAAACCUUCAGCUGAUUCUGACAUACCUGAUACCGACCAAAUUACUCACGUCCCACAUGCUCCCCUCCUCAGCGCUGCUCGCACAAUACCCUCAACUAGCCCGCUUAUUCCAGCCCGUCUGCGAUGCCAUCCGUACUGCAGACCUGAAAGCGUUCAAUGCGGCGCUCGAGAAGGGUGAGGAUGAAUUCGUCAAACGUCGAAUCUAUCUGACACUAGAGCGGGGACGCGACAUCAUCCUCCGGAACAUCCUUCGGAAAGUGUUCAUCUCCGCAGGAUUCGAAGCUCCCAAGGACGGCGAUACAUCGGCUCCUCCUUCGAGAAGAACUAGAAUUCCCGUGGACGAAUUCGCGGCAGCUUUGCAUCUCGCUGGGGCAGAAGUGGACAAUGGAGAGGGUACCGUUGACCGCGAUGAGGUGGAAUGUCUGAUCGCAAAUGCAAUCUACAAGAAUCUGAUGAAAGGUUACAUUGCUCGGGAGAGAGGAAUCGUUGUGCUCAGCAAAGCCGGUGCCUUCCCGGGUACAGGCGUGUGA